UCUGAUCCGUUUGCGGAGUUGGAGCCCCAGGCCCAGCCCCAGUAUUGGCAGCGGCAGCUAUAGAUGUUUCUGCAAAGCCAGCAACCGGCUCCCACCUACCCCAGGAGAGAAGAUCGCUCCAAGACAGUGAAAGCCUCCCUGCUCUCAGUGCAAAGUUCAUCCAGCGACCUCACGGGACUAACCGGGCCUUAGCUUGUUUGCGCUUGUUUGGCUAUAAUUUUUCUCCAUUCACCUCCUCAUCCCUGCUCCAUUUUUUUUAUUGGGGGUCUUUUGUUUUCCGGAUCCGCCGCCUCUCCCUCCGGCCGCCCCAUGGCUCCCUUAGCCGAGGUCGGGGGCUUCCUGGGCGGCCUGGAGGGCUUGGGCCAGCAGGUGGGCUCGCACUUCCUGCUGCCUCCUGCCGGGGAGCGGCCGCCUCUGCUGGGCGAGCGCCGGGGCGCGGCGGAGCUGGGCGCCCGCGGCGGGCCCGGGGCUGCGGAGCUGGCGCACCUGCACGGCAUCCUGCGCCGCAGGCAGCUCUACUGCCGCACCGGCUUCCACCUGCAGAUCCUGCCCGACGGCAGCGUGCAGGGCACCAGGCAGGACCACAGCCUCUUCGGUAUCCUGGAAUUCAUCAGUGUGGCAGUGGGACUGGUCAGUAUUAGAGGUGUGGACAGUGGUCUUUACCUUGGAAUGAAUGACAAAGGAGAACUCUAUGGAUCAGAGAAACUGACUUCUGAAUGCAUCUUUAGGGAGCAAUUUGAAGAGAACUGGUAUAAUACCUAUUCAUCCAACAUAUAUAAACAUGGAGACACUGGCCGUAGGUAUUUUGUGGCACUUAACAAAGAUGGAACUCCAAGAGAUGGUGCCAGAUCUAAAAGACAUCAGAAAUUUACACAUUUCCUGCCUAGACCAGUGGAUCCAGAAAGAGUUCCUGAACUGUACAAGGAUCUACUAAUGUACAGUUGAAGGGUGAUAGUGUCUUUACUGAAGAACCAAACUACAACUAUUCUUUCUUAUUACAGUUUGCAUCAUAAAAUAAUAACACAGGAAGACCUUCAGAAUGUUAUGGAGUCUGUUUUCCACUGGGAGACUGAAUUUGGAAAGAAUAUUGAGAACAAACAAACAAAAAAUAUCUUGACUUGAAGUAGAUCAAGAUGUCUCUUUACAAGUGGAUUAAGUUCCCUCGGGUACACUGGCUCUGUCCUCACUUGUAGAUUGAAGCUGAAAAUCUGUUAAACUGUGGGUAAUGGGAACCCCACCUAGUUUGCUGCUGGUGCCUCGCCUCUCUGGAGUUUGUUUACUUUAAAAGUUACAUUAAAAAUAGAUACUUCAUGUUGAAGAGAUGUAUUGACAUAGUUGGCCAAGAUCAUUGCUACAUAAAUUUUGAGAACCUUGUAGGAUUUUGCAGGUUACGGCAUUUUAUGUAAAAAAUUUGGAUGAAACAUGGACUGUGAAACAUGCCACACCAAGACGGAACAUUUUUUUUAAAAAGGAUGGACCUAUUUAUACAUUUUCAGUCUGCAAAUAUUUAUUAUAUAUAUUUAUUUAUUAAAGAGUUUAUUUUUUACUAGUAUAUGAAGAUAAUACAAUAGAAAAAAACAACAAAAAUUUAUCGUGCCAUUACUUUGUUGUGAUGUCUUGGGCUGUAAAGAAGACAUCAUUAUUGCUACACAUUAAACAUAGAAUAAGAUCUUGAACUUCUUUUUAAAAAUAAAGUAUAGCAUAGAUUAUAUUUUUUUGCAGUCAGUUGCCUUCUAAAUGUAACAUUGGUUUCUUUGGCCUAGAAAAAUGCUGUAUCAAUUUGUAUUGAAUUCAACACACAUUCAAAAAGGGAAUUAAACAUUUUAAU